GUGCGAUAGAUGGCGCUGUUGCCCGACAUAAGUUGCCAUUUUUCCCGAAGAAGAAAAAAUGUACAACCUGUUUCCUGUAUGUGUAUAAACCACGCGUUGUAAAUAAACUAGAUUUAACCAGAAAAGCGAGUAAAAAUGGUUCGUAAAUUAAAGUACCAUGAACAGAAACUGUUGAAGAAGGUGGACUUUAUCAACUGGGAGGUGGACAACAACCUGCACGAAGUUAAAGUGUUGCGGAAAUAUCGCAUUGAGAAGAGGGAGGACUACACGAAAUACAACAAGCUGAGUCGUAACAUCAGAGAUCUUGCCCAGAAAAUCAGAGACCUGGAUGAGAGAGAUGGCUUCAGAGCUCAGUGCACACAUCAACUACUGGAAAAACUGUAUAGCAUCGGCCUCAUCCCCACCAGACAGAACCUCUCCCUCACGGAAAAAGUCACAGCGUCUUCAUUUUGCAGGCGGAGGUUGCCAAGCAUCAUGCUGAACCUCCGUAUGGCUCAGAACCUGAAGACAGCCAUCACCUUCAUUGAACAAGGACAUGUGCGUGUUGGCCCAGACAUUGUUACAGACCCAGCAUUCCUGGUCACAAGAAAUAUGGAAGAUUUUGUCACUUGGGUGGACUCUUCAAAGAUCAAGCAGCAUGUCAUGAAUUACAAUGAUGAGAGGGACGACUUUGAUCUGUUGUCGUAAGUUUGUUUGCCUACUGUCGUCACCCUGGAGGGCAGGAACAAGAACUGUGCCCUGAAAAAGCCUCCAGCUUUGAAACUGUUGAAGGAAAAUCAUAUGUGAGUCUCACCACAUUAGUAGCCAUGACCUCACUGAGCAAGGACGGAAGGACUGCACUUCCAGGCGCUGUACUGUUCACCAAACAUCUUUCUUUUUAUCUGGUCAGAAUUUGUCAUGGAAUUCUGACCUACUGACAGUUGAUAACCCAAUCAAAAUAUGUCAGAUUUUGUAUUUGUGCCUGUCACUAUGAUCAUUUCACUCUUUACUUGGAACCUGCUCAGUCAACCGUAGCACAAGAGCACAGUGUCUCACUCACUUUAUCCAGUGGAGCCACUCCAACAUUGGUCAUCAUCACAUUCUGUUCCUUCUCCUUUAGCUCUAUUGUUUGUGCUGCAUAAAGUGUCUUUGUGUGAACAUUACUCCUCGGGUUGGUAUAUGUGUGACAGGCAUGUGUGUACUGAAUAUACUAAACACAAGGACUGUGGCUCUGUAAUAUUAACAUGUCAUACACACAGAUGUGAAAUAGAAACUGACAAGUUGAUAAAUAUUUAAUCAUUUCCAUAAGACUUUGUUGCAAUGUAAACAAAACACAUUUCUUGUUAUCACAGUGUUAGGACUUUUACCAACCUUUGCAUAGGUUUACAUAUGCUGAAACUUAAAGAAACCCAAGUAACAGUGUAAACAUUGAUUUAUCAAAACCCUCCCCCUUAACAUUCCAGUAAAGACGGUUACAUGCACUCACCAUAAACCAUUUACUUCCAUACAAAAAGUCCCAUCACAAACCUAUGGCUCAAUCUAUACUCUGUGUAUAGCAUCACUCGGGUGAAGAAGGCAUAGAGACAACAUUGACCUUCAACAUGAAUAGAUUGUAUGACACCUUUAAGGCACCCUGGUAUAACAGGAAUGUAACAGGGUCUGUUAAAUGU